AUGAUCAUGGCGCCUCCUACUCCUGUUCUAUCAAGAGAUAAUGCUCAGUUUCUCAUUAAAAAGAAACACAUAUCGCUAACUGACAUCUCGCCAGAGACCUUGAAGAAAGAAAAUUGCAAAUUGAAGUCACUAACUCAGUAUGAGUGUUCCUAUGAUUACAAAAACGACAAUAUAAUCUGUCUACCGUUUAAAAGGCUAUUUAAAACAUGCCAGAGUUUGGAUAAUUUUCACCAACUUGUUGAAGUUACAAACAAUAGCACUAAUCAUCGUUUCAAGAAUCAGAAAAAAGAUGCUAUCAGAUAUCUUAAAGCAGAAAAGGACUUGAAGGAGGCAUUGGUGAAUUUAUGA